AGGCAAGCAGGAAAGGAAUCGUGGUGGGGAGAUUUGUGAUGCCAUGUGGUAUUCUCCCUGGAAAAUGCUUUCUUUCCCUGUUCUUUUCGGGAUUGUCCAUCUUCGUGGUCUCGUCGGACAGGAAGAUGUGUACAGACCCUCGCCACCGACUAUUCAUAAAUUCCCAGCACCACAGUCCAGUUCAGAUGGUCAAGUUAUUGCCAUUACUUGCCAAGGUGAUAUUCGCUCCAGUGAGGACACUUACUAUCUGUACAACAGUCAGCAUCAAAAUUACACACAGUUUCUUCACCUAACUAGAGACGAGAAGACAGCGACGUUUACAAUCAAGUUGGGAAUUCACUCCUUUGGAAAUUACAGCUGCAAUUAUAAAACAAAGGUUUUCGGAAAUUGGGUGUAUUCCCCAUUUAGUAAACAUGUUUCCAUUACUCAGGAAGAUGAGUGGCGAUACAAAGCAGAACAAGAUGCUCAAAGGAACUUAUGCCAACGUGUUGAUGUGAUAAGUGGUGUUUUUCUUAUCAUUUUAAUCAUCGUGACGCUAAUAUUUUUCUUCAUUGUCAACAAAGCAGCGCAAAGCAAAAGACAUGCUAUCAAGAGAAAAAGCAUCACAGCCAAUGGAAUUCCAUCUUUUGAUAAACAAGAUGCAACAUAUGUAAACGUCACUUUCCAAGCAGAAUGAAUGCAGUGCUGUCGAGUGCAGGUUGCCAGUAUAAAAACAGUGUAUUCACCUGAGGAUGACUGACCAAAUAUGGAUUAAAAGAAAUAACGUGUGAAAUUCAGGCCACACAAGUAUCAUUACCAAUAAGUAAGAAUCUAACCAUUGUCCCUUGAUAGUAAAUGGUGUCACCAUCACGGAAUCUCCCUCACCAUGAAGGUUACCAUUGAGAAAUGCAACUGGUCUCUCCCCAUGAACAGAGUGGCUACAAUAGCAGGUCAUACUGCAGCAAGUAACUCACCUCGUGACUCCCACAGCCUGCCCACCAUCUACAAGGCACAAGUCAGGAGCAUGAUGGAAUACUGCUGCAAAUGUGUUG